GGAAGGACUGCUCUGAACAGGAACUCUAGGAUUGUCUCUUCAGUUCAUCUUUGACCUCAUAAACAGUACAGGGUCAGUUUUAUUCGUCAGUGUGUGUGAUCACCUGGAUGUUGACCACUCCUGGUGCGUCUGAAACACUAACACUGCAUUUUUCCAGCUGUGUCCUCAGCCAUGGACUCUGAAGACACAAACGGCGCAGCGCAGCAGUAUGAAGAAGAGCAGGUGGAGACCUUGAGGAUCAUGCUUAUUGGAAAGAGUGGGGCAGGCAAGAGCUCGACUGGGAACACAAUAUUAGGACGAAAAGUGUUUAAAUCAGACAUGAAGCUGGCCAGAGUCACGAGGUACUGUGAAAAGCAGCAUGGGACAGUAGAAGACAUACCCGUGGAUAUCAUCGAUACACCAGGGUUUUUUGAGACAGACCGCAACAAGGAGGAAACUGUCCGAGAGGUUCUGAAGUGUGUCAAACUCCAGGAACCAGGACCUCACGCCUUUAUAUUUGUCAUCCCUCUGGGAAGGAUGACCAAAGAGGAUGACGACACCAUUAAACUCAUCCAAGAAAAGUUUGGUCCCAGAGUGUGGGACUACACCAUGGUGCUGUUCACCCACGGUGACCGUCUGGAGGGAAAAACAAUCAAUGAUGUCAUCAAGGAGAGCGAGGACAACCUUCGCAACUUCAUACGCAAGUGCACUGGUGGGUUUCAUGUCUUCAACAACAAAAACAUAGAGGGCCAGGAGCAGGUGAAGAGUCUGAUUCCAAAGAUCCAGACCCUGGUGGCUCUGAAUGGAGGGGGUUACUACAAAACAGAAUUUUACCCUCCUAAAGAGAGGAAGAUCAGGGACAGUCAGGAGACCCUCCUGAAAGAGAGAGAUCAGGAGAUCAUCACCAAGGAGAAGAACCUGAAGGAGCAUUUUAAGGAUGAAGAGCUGCAGAUGAAAACAAGGGAGCUGUGGAGGAAGGAGGAGGAGAAAGCAAGACGGGAUGCAGAGAAGGAGAUGAGCAGAAGCAAAACCAUCUUGUGUGUUUUGUACAUUUUGCCGUUAGUUUUUCUGAUGGGCUGGUUUCUGCAGGUAUCAUAUAUGUACCUGCUGCCUUUAAUAGUCAUCUGGAUUUGUGUUGUGAAGAUGUUCCCAAAUAUUGCAGAAAGAGCACCAUGGAAUAAUCACUUUUUUACAGUUAUAUCACAGUUUAGAACCAGUGAAACGGUUUUACAUACUCAUGAUUCUGUGUCCUCAGCCAUGGACUCUGAAGACACAAACGGCGCAGCGCAGCAGUAUGAAGAAGAGCAGGUGGAGACCUUGAGGAUCAUGCUUAUUGGAAAGAGUGGGGCAGGCAAGAGCUCGACUGGGAACACAAUAUUAGGACGAAAAGUGUUUAAAUCAGACAUGAAGCUGGCCAGAGUCACGAGGUACUGUGAAAAGCAGCAUGGGACAGUAGAAGACAUACCCAUGGAUAUCAUCGAUACACCAGGGUUUUUUGAGACAGACCGCAACAAGGAGGAAACUGUCCGAGAGGUUCUGAAGUGUGUCAAACUCCAGGAACCAGGACCUCACGCCUUUAUAUUUGUCAUCCCUCUGGGAAGGAUGACCAAAGAGGAUGACGACACCAUUAAACUCAUCCAAGAAAAGUUUGGUCCCAGAGUGUGGGACUACACCAUGGUGCUGUUCACCCACGGUGACCGUCUGGAGGGAAAAACAAUCAAUAAGGUCAUCAGUGAGAGCGAGGACAACCUCCGCAACUUCAUACGCAAGUGCACUGGUGGGUUUCAUGUCUUCAACAACAAAAACAUAGAGGACCAGGAGCAGGUGAAGAGUCUGAUUCCAAAGAUCCAGACCCUGGUGGCUCUGAAUGGAGGGGGUUACUACAAAACAGAAUUUUACCCUCCUGAAGAGAGGAAGAUCAGGGACAGACAGGAGAGCCUCCUGAAAGAGAGAGAUCAGGAGAUCAUCGCCAAGGAGAAGAACCUGAAGGAGCAUUUUAAGGAUGAAGAGCUGCAGAUGAAAACAAGGGAGCUGUGGAGGAAGGAGGAGGAGAAAGCAAGACGGGAUGCAGAGAAGGAGAUGAGCAGAAGCAAAACCAUCUUGUGUGUUUUGAUUUUGUACAUUUUGCCGUUAGUUUUUCUGAUGGGCUGGUUUCUGCAGGUAUCAUAUAUGUACCUGCUGCCUUUAAUGGUCAUCUGGAUUUGUGUUGUGAAGAUGUUCCCAAAUAUUGCAGAAAGAGCACCAUGGAAUAAUCACUUUUUUACAGUUAUAUCAUAGUUUAUAACCAGUGAAAAGGUUUUACAUACUCAUGAUUGAUCUUUGCUCUUGAUGAUGGAACAUGAUAUGCUGACGAAGUUUAUUAUAUUUUAUGAUUACAAAGUCUACAUUUAAGAAGUUAAUUAUUUUGUAAGUUGCACUUUUUUAGCUGUAAAGGUGAAAGAAAGGAAAAAGAAAAGGUAAAUUUAGAUUUUCAGAGGAUUUCCCUGUCACACUUAAAGCUGACCUCUUUUAACAUAACAUAACAUAACAUAACAUAACAUAACAUAACAUAACAUAACAUAACAUAACAUAACACUAAUAGGUUCUGUGACUGUCAUCUACCUACUUUAAAAGCCCAUCACAGUGAGGAUGGUUCAUAUUUCUAACAUGUCAGUGCUCAGUCUCAGCUCAGCCUCAGUGUACUGUAGUAUCAUUAGUACUGGGAUGAACAGUGAAUUUAUAGGUGUCGCUGCUGCUCAGUUUGUGUUUUAUUUGUGAUUUUAUCAUUGUUUCAUCGUCUGACAGCUUUUUGCGUCAUCCUCUUCUAACUACAGACCUACAUGUCAAAUGAAGUUUCCAUAUAAUCUCAGGGUAGGCUUAUAUCCUCCUGACACCCAGCAAUGUGUUUUUGUCCUCUGUAGGGGACAAGACUUUCACAGCUUUAUUGAGGAAAAAAAAAACCACUGUUAACUGCAAAGGACAUUCCAUAAAAUUUUUAAAAAAU